AUGGUUUAUUUUUUUUUAAUUUUGGCACUUGUGGCUUCGUUCGAACUUGGGUCUCCUUUAACUUUGGAAACUGCCGUUCAAAAGUCUUUAAAAUGGCCCGAGGAGUAUUAUUUCAAAGGCGAAGAAGUUGACUACCUCGCCGGUAUAAUUACACCUUUUGAGAUGUGGUACAGUGGUAACUCUAGCAGGUCUCGUAUAGAUUACAACGACGGUACUGUCAAAAAUUAUUACGUUGUUGAAGACGACGGCGAUAUAGCAAGAGAAUUUAAGGUUCAUCCGCAGACAACGGAAGAAGAAUCAAAUGUAAUAGUGUGUACAGAAUUGUUUGAUAAUAAAACGCUGUAUGAUAUCUUACCGGAAGAACUCAAUUAUGAAUACAUUGGCCCAAAGUUUUACAAUGGAAAAUUUGUCGAUGUUUGGGAGUAUGCUGAGAAAGAUGAAAUAGCCAAAGAGAAAACAGAGAAAACGUUGUACGUAUAUCAAGAAGACGGCGGAAUCAGUAUACCAGUUUAUGAAGAAAUAAAGGUGUACAACCUAUGGAUUGGAGCAGUGAGUCAGCACUCUGUCAAAAGGUUCUACGACUACAGCAAACCUGUGCUUGAAUACCUCGAUCUAGACGAAUCAUGUAACGAUACUGAAGCGGUUGGAUCAGUUAUGGUUGAGAGUUUCUCGUCGGACAUUUUAUCUGACAUCGACGGUGCAUUCCGCAGUUACGUCAGUCGUCAUAACAAGAAGUACAGAGGCGAUGAGCAUGAGAUUAGGAAACAGAUACUCCAGGAUAAUUUGAGACGCGUAAUUGACCAUAAUCAAAAAAAUUUAGGUUACAAAUUGACCAUAAACAAGUUCUCCGACCGAACUGACAGUGAGCUGGCUAAUAUAAUGGGAGCUUUACCGUCUUUGGACCACGUGGGAUCCGUGCCGUUCCCGCAUACUGAAGAGGAGGUUGAGAACCUGGCUGAGAAGUUGCCCAAGAGUUUUGAUAUGAGGCUCAGAGGUUACAUCAGCUCUGUCAAAAAUCAGGCAGAAUGCGGUUCGUGCUGGUCGUUUGCGACCAUCGCUGCUGUGGAGGGAGCCCUGGCGCGGAAAAAUGUCGGGCAGCGGAACCUGGAUCUUUCUGAGCAGUCUUUGGUUGACUGUUCAUGGGGAUUUAACACUUACGGCUGCGAUGGUGGUAUGAUAGACGGCACCUUCGAAUACAUUCUCGAACAUGGAAUUCCAUCUGAAAUGGAAUAUGGCUUAUAUUUAAACAAGGAAGGUUGGUGCAGCAUCGAGAACAUGACUGAGCUACACAAAAUCAAAGACUUCGCCGCCGUGCCCCCCCUCAGCGUCAACGCCAUGAAGUUAGCGCUGUACGAGUACGGCCCCGUGACUGUCACCAUCAACGCCAACGACGCUGUAUUUUCUUACGACAGCGGAAUUUUCUACGAUCAGACAUGUAACAAUGAGCCUCUAAACCACGCGGUGACUGUGGUGGGCUACGGAGUGAGGGACGGCGUGGACUACUGGAUCGUCAAGAACUCGUGGGGAGAGGACUACGGCGAGGAUGGCUACAUCCUGAUCUCGGCCAGAAACAACACCUGCCAUAUUCUAGAAAACGCAUUUUAUCCUGUUGUUUAG